UAGGAUGGUGUGCUCUGAAUUGCUCGUACUUGUACUAGCAGGAUAGAUCACAGCACGACCCCUUGCGGGGGACAUCAACAUCACCUACCACGACAACUACACACUUUUCUUCUAAACAACUUCAACUUCUUCUAAUAAUCAUCAUCAUUCAUCAACACACAAAAGAAAUAAAAAUAUCAACAAAAUGUCUGGGUUUAUAGACGACCUCUCUGCUGAGCAAAGUGCAGCAUUAGCAGGGCUGGAGAAGGAGCUUGGGACUUCCGAGUGGGCGCAGACGUCGCUGUGGCAGUGCAACCUCGGAGAAAAGUCAGAUGCGAGGGACAUUAUUCUUUUUUAUGGACAAGAUCGAUACGUGUUUACCAGUUAGUACCGUAGCUUCUUCCCUUACCCUUUCUCACUCUGAAAUAGAGUCUGAAGAUCUUGUCACCCAAAAAACCUUCUGGUACUCACACCGAAGUAGGGGAACUGCUCUCAGUCACCCAAAAUCAAAAAGCAUCGUACUUUCCCAAGGGAACCACAAUCUCCUCUAAUCUUCAAAAUUCCUACGCGCAGAAGAGUUUGAUAUUGCCAAAGCAUGGACCAGAUUCAACGCGACCAUGCAAUGGAGAAGAGACGGGGAUGUGGACUCCUUAGCAGAUGCAACACUGCCAGCACAGUUUCAAGGACAUGAUAUAUUUCUUAUGGUUUGGCGAGCUUAAUGCUUAUUUUGCCCCUUCAUGAACUUGACGUACCAGAACAAGCGUCUUACUUAAGCUUAUAACACACGAUUCCAUCAUUCCGCUUCUAAUCUGAACGGCCACGACGUGCAGCAGAAAAGACCAGUUUUGACCUCGCAUUUCGGGAAUAUGGACCUGGACAAAGUCUUUUCGGAUACGGAUGUGUUCGUCAAAUACCGCAUCCACAUCAUGGAGAGGGCUAUAAGGAGGUUGUUGCCGUUUGGACGGGAUAAACCCGAGACUUUGUAUCAGGUAUAUUCGAUUAUAGUCUUGAAAAUUUGAGGCAAUCUGAAGCUUGUAGUUUUUCAGCUCUUGGUACUGGCGCAAGAGAGAAGAUUGAUUUCACCUUGUUUCUGUUUCCUUUUGUCAACCUUGUUCUCGUAGUUCUCACGCCCCCACACGCCCCCACACGCGACCAGGUCCACGACUACAAGGACUGCCCAGUCGUUUUCAAGGACAAAGCCGUUGAUCGGGGUGUAAAAGCUAUUAGUAAGGUCUUAGGCGACCACUAUCCGGAGUUCAAAGGGCGAACUUGUUUCGUCAAUUUUCCUGGUAUAGUCGCGCUUGCGUGGAAAGCAGCGGCAUUGCUAAUUGUUUCCGAGAAAACAGCAAACAAGAUGGACUUUCUCGGUUAUCAGGAUCUCUUGCCCUUACUGGCAGAUGUACCACCGUCACAGCUUAGCGAUCGCUUGAUCGGAUUGGCAGAUGUGGAGAAAGGUAAGAAGGCUUGUGAAGAUAUUAUGGUUUUGAGCAGUAUGUGUAUCUAGUGGGCUUGUGAAGAUAUUAUGGUAUCCUUGAGCAGCAGUGUAACUGUAAGAAGGCUUGUGAAGAUAUUAUCCUUAAGGCAGUCUGCACUGAACUUUGUGCGGGAUUAAUUGUAUUGUAGUAGGGUCAUUGUCAAUCAUUGUCACAACUGGAAAAGAAGAGGUCCCAACCAAGAUGUACAUUUCUUUACAAGAACUUGAACUCCGAGUUACUUUGAAUUCUACGUCAUCAUCAUCAUGAUCAGGUACAUUCUCAACAGGGGGAAUAUAUGGUGAGAAAAUUCAUUUAUGGAUUUGCAAUUGUGUCGAUUUCCCUCAUUUACCUUCGUUUUUUGAUUAUUUGGCAUCAAUAACUCCACCGUGUAAUAAUUAGUACACCCCGGAGUUCUGAGUGGUCAUUUUUCUAGUUUCAGCUCCCAGAGAACUGCAGCAAAGGCAAAAAUUAUGGCAAUUGGUAGAUAUGCGCCCUCAACUCAUGAUGAUCAGGUACAUUCUCAACAGAGGGAAGCAACAUUCAGGAGGGCGUACUAACCUUGGAAUCACGGAGUGGUGAAAUACCAUUUACACUAGGCCCACAGCAGAGUAUCUACGUCAGACUUCGAGAGGGCGCCGAGAAGGAAAGCGUGUUGCUUCAGUUAAGACUGGCGAUACCACUAGAACCAUUCCACCAGUAGUUCCAGGUUAUGUUAUUUCCACGACCUAUUGUCAACAUUGCGUGAUGAUGAAUCAUGAUGUGCUGUGACAGUUGUUUAGUAUCCAAAUGUCCAACUUGUUGGAGCCGACGCAGAUCUUGUGCGAGUAAUGAAUGAGUGAAUGAACAUAGUCGACUGUCUACAAGACGUCACCUCUAACCCCAAGCGCAUCCGCAAAUGGGGAAACAUUGCCGCUUCGUUCCAUAGUAGAAGGCGCGCAGCAGGACGAAAUGCUCCAAAUGGCCGUACCCCUGACACUAAGGUACACAUCAACCGCGAGUAGUGAAAUACCAUUUGUCCUGAACCUCUGGGAUAACUCGACGUUUGGCCUCAGUGCAAAAACAAUUGUCUACGCGGCGGAGAUAAAAUGACGCCUGAAGAAGUUGGUAGGACCACUAGUCAGGACCAUUGGAGGUCCGUGCGCAAUUUUCCAGACCUGAGUUCUUAUGCGCAUCAAGUCAAAAGUUCUUCAGCAGGUAGUAUACUUGUACCGUUCUCUUCGACAUCGACGCCGACUCUUCAUGUUUACCAAUAGACACAGACAUCUUCAGGCUCAGCAUUUCAAGUUUAACGAUAAAGAUCAUCGAUAAUCCUUAAGGUGUAACCAAGUGCAGCAUUCUGCAUCAGGAAUAGGUGUCAACCGGCUCUUUAGGCGGCGAUGCCAGGUCUCUUUCCUUUUUUAAAGCCUUAUCUCUCUGUAGGUACAAAUCGCUGGAGUAGUAGUUGUUUUCGAGUUACGUAACUUGGAAAGGAGGUUAUCUUUCGCUAGACGAUUUCUUUUCGUGAUGUAUCUAAACCUAUAGUAUUUAUACAGGGAUUGGCACUUCUGCUGACAGCUGAAGUUGCAAGACUCUACUUAAUCGAUGAAGAGAACGAUGUCAACGAGUUGUUUUGCAAGUAUGGAAAGACCGAGAUACGUGCACACUUUAUUCAUCACACUGAUACAGCAACAGACAUCUAUUCUAUCUGAGAGUUCCUAUGCACCGCUGACGAAAGCGAGUAUACUUGUGAAUUUCUAUGAUGGGUUGCGACAAAUCCAAGACCAUAGUGCUUGGACGGGAGAAGCGAUUCUAGGAAAAGUAU